UGCCAUUUGGGAGUUGCCCAGCAAGAGAUGCCCGGCAUGCCACUUCCCCUCUGGAGGGCAGGCCAGUUGGCCAGACUGCUCUAGGCAAGAGAGACAGACAGAUACUGGCCAGGGUCCUCGGCAGCCAGGCAGAAAGGUUCCUUCAGGAAAAAAAAAACUUGUUUCUGCAGAAGCGGGUGUGGUUCUAGUUUGCUGUGGCUCGGGUGAAUUCCCACCCUCUGCAAGAGCUUGCAUGCAUGCUGGUGUCUGGAGAUAAGCACCCGAAGAAGCCAGCAAGGGGAGAGAUUUGCAAGCUGGUCUGCAGAGAAAAGCCAGGGGAGAAGGAUGCCCCUCCAGGGUGCCUCUUGCUGAAUGGAACAGGGCAGAAAACAUCUCAGGGCCUCAGCAGUAAGAGAUGAGGGAAGGUGUCCCAAGGGCGUAAGGAAGGCCAACUCGAAACAAAGGCCCAGGGGAAGAGUGAACUCCAAGCUUGUCGCCGGCUGCUAAGACCCCACACAAUUCCUGACUAUGUUGAGCCUCAAGCUUCCCCGACUCCUCAGCAUUAAUCAAGUUCCCAAAGUUUUCCGCGAGCAGGGCAUCCUGUUUGGGUAUCGUCACCCAAGGAGUUCUGCGACGGAUUGCAUCUUCAGUGCCUUCCAAAUGACAAAUGAAACUGUCAAUAUAUGGACGCACUUCCUCCCUUCUUGGUACUUCCUAUGGAAGCUCUUCGUCUUGCUCUGUUCCUGGGACGUCUGGAACGACCCCUACACCUGGCCCUUUCUCACCUAUAUGGUCACGUGCUGCAGUUACCCGCUGGCAUCCAGCUUAGCUCACACCUUCAGCACCAUGUCCAGCCAAGCAAGGCACAUCUGCUAUUUCUUUGAUUAUGGUUCUCUUUCCUUAUACAGCCUAGGUUCUGCGAUUGCUUACUCUGCUUACAUUUUCCCAGACGAAUGGAUCGGCAGCACCUUCCACCAUUGCUACGUCUUCACUGCUGUGCUUAACGCGGUUCUGAGCACAAGCCUUUCCUGCUAUUCUAGGUUCACUGAAGCAGAGCGGCCCAGGUACACCAAAGCGAUUCGCACUUUAGCCUUUGCGUAUCCUUAUAUGUUUGACAGCCUGCCACUUUUCUACAGGCUCUACUUAUGUGCCAUAAGAGGCUGUGCGGACAGCGUCCUCUCCAUCCACUACAGGCAUACUGUGUUUGCCUUCCUUACCUGCUUCAUCUUUGCUACGCACUUGCCAGAGCGGCUGAUACCAGGACUCUUUGACUAUAUUGGGCACAGCCAUCAGCUUUUCCACAUCUGUGGGAUCACAGGGACACACUUCCAAAUGGAAGCACUCCUUACAGACAUGACAGACCGUCGUGACCAGCUGCUGGCUUCUUCACCAAUUCCUUCCUUCUCUCAGACAGUCGGCCCAACGGUGGCUUCCUUCACCAUCAGCCUCCUCAUCAUUGCUGCUUUCUCAAUGACUCUCUAUUCCAUGCCAAAGUUCUCCAGGAGAGAAAAGAAACACGCGGACUAAAUUUUUUAAAAUAACUAUACUUUUGUUAACAUGCAUUAGUACUUAUCAGGUGCUAAUAAUUACACUGUGAUAAAGUUGUUGAAACUAUUCUUUGAGAAAUUACUCAAUCGGGAUUUUUAUUAGUGAGAUUUUGUACUGCAGUUUUUCCUAUCAUUUGAUCUUGACCAUUUAGCAUACCUUAGGACUUGAUAUCUGGAGACUUUCAUAGAAAACCAAACACCGACAUUUGCAACAGCUGUAACUACUGCACCAAUGGCCAUUGAUCAAGUGGAGCUAAUUUCUGCUGUCAGAGUUCACAGUCUGAUACAUGCCAAAGAGGUCCCAGGACCCUUUCAAGUAUUUUCACUCUACUUGGGAAGGCAUGGUGCUGCCAAGCAUACCUGGAUGUAAUAUUUCUGUAGCAUUUGUACAUGGUUUUCUAAUACACAAACUUGCAAUGAAAA